AUGGCGGAUCUGCAAAUUGUUCCAACAACAGAUGAUAAUUACAAGAAGGAGAAGGAGGUGGUGGAAGCACAAUACGUGGAGAUGAUGGUCCCCUUGUAUUCCUACGGAUGUGAGAAGAAACUCAAAAACCACUUAUCUCGUCUUAAAGGAAUAUACUCGGUGAACGUGGACUACAGUCAACAGAAGGUGACGGUAUGGGGAAUAUGUAACAAAUACGAUGUGCUUGCAACCGCAAGAACCAAAAGAAAACAAGCCAGAUUUUGGAACCCACAACACCACCACCACCACAACAACAACAAUGAAGACGCUGAAAUAUCGCAACCUAAAUGCAAAUACUCCUCCAUCUCUUCCAAGACAAGUCUCACCAGGGCUCGCUCUUUUACCUGGGACUGGAAAGCAAUCAAGAAAGUCUUUACCAUAUCUCCUUCUUUUUAA